GUCCUCGCGGGACACCGCCAAGCUCAGUUUGACUGCUGUGUGUAGCAGCUGAGGCGGCUCGCGCAGACGCUCCGAUUCUGGCGCGAUAAAUACAGAUUUCUUCCAUCUAACUGUACAUAUCGGCGCGAGUUAUGACGCGGCUGUGAGCGGGCUGGUUAAGCUGAACUGCAGUCACAGACCAAAGACUGACCACACGCUCCGGUCACCACACAGACAUCAUGGCGAAAGAUGCUGGACUCAAAGAAACCAAUGGAGAGAUAAAGGUGUUUGUCAACCAGAAUCUGAGUCCAGGGAAACCUGCAGGUGUUCUGUCCUUCCUGACGGUUCAUCCGGCAUCAGUCUCUGCGGUCAAACAGAUUCUGCCCAAAACUCUCACCGCUGCAGGCAUUAACAUGCUGCCACACGUGGUGAUAGGAACUCCUCAGAGGAGCAGCGUCCCCGCCGGCCUCCUGUUAACCAGCCCACACACACCAACCACACACCUCCAGACGCAAGAGUCCUCGCCCUGGUCGACCGGGCGCAGCAGGAAGGGCGAUAAGAACGGGAAGGGCUUGCGGCAUUUCUCCAUGAAGGUGUGUGAGAAGGUGCAGAAGAAAGUGGUGACGUCCUACAAUGAGGUGGCGGAUGAGCUGGUGUCCGAGUUGAGCUCCGGAGACAACAACAUCUCCCCAAACGAUGCGCACGUGUAUGACCAGAAGAACAUCCGGCGACGGGUUUACGACGCUCUGAACGUCCUGAUGGCCAUGAACAUCAUCUCCAAAGACAAGAAGGAGAUCAAAUGGAUCGGGUUCCCCACCAACUCUGCGCAGGAGUGUCAGGAUCUGGAGGCGGAGCGGCAGAGACGACUGGAGAGGAUCAAACACAAGCAGUCGCAGCUGCAGGAACUCAUUCUGCAGCAAAUUGCCUUUAAAAACCUGGUGCAGCGCAAUCGUCAGGCGGAGCAGCAGAACAAGAGAGCUCCACCUCCAAACACAGCCAUCCACCUGCCCUUCAUCAUCAUCAACACCAGCAAGAGAACCGUCAUCGACUGCAGCAUCUCCAACGACAAGUUUGAGUAUCUCUUCAACUUUGACAACAUGUUUGAGAUCCACGAUGACGUGGAGGUGCUGAAGCGCAUGGGCAUGGCGUUUGGCCUGGAGUCGGGCCGCUGCAGCCCGGAGCAGCUAAAGAUCGCCAAGACCCUCGUUCCCAAAGCCCUGCAGCCGUACGUCACAGAAAUGGCGCAGGGUGCCAUUAACCAGCUGAUAGGAGAGCUGUCCCAUGUGGCCACUGACCGCGGCGCGUCCAGCUCCAACGGCUCGCACCACAGCAGCUCCAGGGUGGAGACACCCAUAUCCUACAUGGAGGAUGAGGAGGACGAAGAAGACGAGGAGGACUUUGAUGAUGAUGAGGACGAUUAGGACGGCCCUAGAGAUGCUGAAUCAGAGUUUGAGCUCCAGAACCCGUCUUUGGGAUCACAUGCAGAUUCCCUUUGUUCCCCCAGUUCUUGUUUGAAGCUCCAAAUUGUGAUCCUGCUGUAAGGAUUCCCUCAAAUGCUUCCCAUAAUUCUUCAGCUCAGUCUAUUAUCUUCAGUAGCUUAUGAGCAGAUAAGCUCCAAUGAUCGGCUCUCACUUCAGGGCUACUUUUGAAGAAACUCCUGCGCUGUGAGUUACACAGGGACGUUUAGCACUGUUCGCCGAGGCUGAAUUUUUCUACCGUUUUGUUGUGAUUCGCUCUCAUAGGCAGCUAUUUUUGAUAUUGGAGCUUUUUUUAGACGUUUGUCGUGACAGAUGGAGCUCUGAUCACCGCAGCUCUCCAAUCACAGACGUUAUGAACAUGAGAUCAACAACUCCAAACAAACGUCCAGCCUUUUUUGUACAAUGUAACAAAUACUAAGGAAAUAUACUUUUCUUAUACAUGUAUAGAAAUUAAACUGAAAGAAUGAUUUA